ACUAGUCUGAAAUGAAAGCCUAUGAAGGCGCGAAAUCCAAUAUGGCGCUGUCCACAUCCUUUCACGAGGUUCUUAUUUUGAGAGGGGAAACACAUCGUUGGAAAGAUCUCACAAUAAAUUCAGGUGGAACGCAAGGUGUCCUUCAAGACGUCAAUGUCGCGGAUAGCGCAGGGGGAUUCGCCUACAAGGACAGUCACAAGGUCAACAGUGCCACCGCUAACAGGUUCAUCUACUGGCGCACUUCUCAGAAUCGUGUAGAACUGGUGGAGAGCUCCCUCAAUCACAAUCUCCAUGGCAACGCCCUGCGUCUCAACUUCCAGGGCUCCCCCAUCAUUCCAAGAGUGUCGAUCCACGAGACCCAUUCACACGUUGUGGUUCUGAUCGCUACGUUCACAUCGGUUCAUCGUCUGCCGUUCCCCCAUCCCAACAAAUUGAAUAAACAGGAUUCCAACAACCAGUUCACAAGCUUUGAUCUAACCUCCAUCUUUGCCGACGCCUCCGUGACGAACUUCCGGGAUGCGUCUAACAUCCACGAGAUCGUACAAGGCGGAGCUCAGACCUAUGAGUUCCAGGCAUGCGGGUCAUGGAUGACCGGGGAUGGAGAGGCCUGGUUCGCUCUCUCGGUACGCAGCGGUAGCCUGGUCUUGGUCAAGAUGGCCCCGCUUGGCUUGAGAGGUAUUACAACACAGAAUGAAGUCAAAGAGUCCUCUAUCAUGGAAAGGUUGUGGACUGGUCUCGUCCCAGUCGCCAUCAGGAGAGGCCAAGAUGCCAUGUAUCUGGCCCAGAGUGUGGCUGUUCGACCCCUAGGCCAGGACAUGAUGGCUUUCAGUGUAUCUAGAGACCACAAGCUAAGGAUCUGGUCAUGCAAGACCUUGAACUGCCUGAUCACCAGUGACCUGACCAGCUUCCUGCCAGAGGGCAUGAUGGGAUUAGACGAGCAGCCUAUCCUCCGUCACGAGAUCCGCGUGAUCCAGGGUUCAACGCCCUCUAGUCUGACCCUCAGUAUCUACUUAACAAUCUCACAACUUUCACUGUUCCUGAUCUUGGAGCAGCAGUGGCAGGAUGGUCAGUGCCGUCUGUAUCAUGUGACCACGCUGGAUGAUGUCAAGGGUCAAACACUUGUUGACUUCACAAUGACUGGUUCCCAUGUCGUUGCCAUGUGGGGCUUAGCUGAUGGUGGCACAGUAGUGAAGACGACAUGCUAUUCAAAGCAAUGCCAAGAAGGAUGGCAGCCGGUCUACCUGGAAACUGACCAGCUGACCAGUGUCCAAGUUCCAGCUUUUCUUGACCCUCGGGAGGCGUACCUGGAUCACAUCUUCAAACCCGGCAGGUUCUCGGUUCAAACCAUCCUCAGAGCCCUUCAUACAUACAGUCGUUCCGCCGGGGCUGACCUAGGGACCCUGAUGGACGUUGACCUGCCUGAUCCUUCCAUCCUGCGACAAGAUGCCUCCAUCGUCGUGGAAACAGAGAUACAGCAGAGAGUCGGGGGAGGGGAAGUCUCCCAGGGGGAGUACAGACAGCUGGUGGAACAGAGCAUGAGCAAGUUUCUAGCCUGCUGCGUGGAGUAUCAUCAAGUUGCCAACAAGCCGUUAGGAUUGUUCUUGGAUUGUAACACUCACAUGCCGUGCCUUAUUAAAAGAAACUUAUUGUCUGUGCUUCAACCGGUUGGCCUGCUUGAGGACCUUCACAUGGGGGUCAAGCGCACUUUCAGUAUGGACGACCUCGGAGUGGAGCUGUCUGAUGAGGACCCCACCAUUCUCCAGGACAUGCAAUCGCUCCAGGAAUGCAUCCAUCUCCUCUCAUCCUCCUCCUCGGUCGCCAUGGAGAUGCAAGGCUUCACCGACUCGCUGAUGCAGCUCGAGAGACCGGUGGAUGUCGCCCAGAAGCUGGCCAGCAAACUCCUCAUGCAGGAUGGUCCUCAAAACCAGGCUGUUCGGGAGCAGGUUACACAAGCACUCGGUAGAAUCAUGGAUCCAACGGGAGUCUUCCGAACAGUUCUGCAUCUUGUCGAUGUAGCAGGGGGCGAGCCAGGGAAUCUGCUAGCUGAACUGGGUGCAGAUGUUCUCCACGGUCCCACACACCACACUCUGAGUAGUGAUCUGUCUGUGGUCUGCCUGGCUGCUAGCUUCACAAGGUUCGCCCAACUGAGGCUAGAAUUCAUGCAGAUUCUUCUGGUUCUCGAGUGUCUGAUACUGAGACUAGAAUCACAGCUCCCAUGGACCGCUGAAUGCACCAAGAAGUUAACCUGUGAUGUGAUACCAGAGACAUGCACCAUUCUGCAAGCCUACCAUUCUCUAGUAUGGCUCUCCACAUGUAUAUCCAGCCCUGUACAAACAAAGACUGUGGAAUUCCAUCUCAGACAGAUGGCAGUGCUUGAAAUCUCCACCAACAGUCCCUCCCACCUGACGGGCCAGACCUCCCCAUCUUCAUCAUCGACUAGUCCACCUUCACCCACCCUAGUGGAGCUGUUUCUGCAGGGGAGUGGAGGGGGCUAUGUCCGUUCCAUUCUGGCCAAGAGGGCAAACAGGAGAGCGGAGGGACUGCAGAACUGGGGAAAGUUGUACCCCGCUGCGAUGAAGGCGAUUGCUCAGUUGAUUUGGCCAAUCAGUGCUAACUUCCUGUUUGCGGAGUACCUGAUGAUGAAGUGCCAGUAUACUCAACUUCAGGGUUACAUUCGUCUCCUGUCGCCGUGGUGCGAGUGGAACGCUGCGUCCCGUCAGUUCCUCCUGGCUCACUGCUACCUCAACACCGGUGAGCCCGUCAAGGCCCUGGGGUGCUUCCAGGAGGCCAGCCAGAGGAUCGGUGCCGAGGAUUUCCUGCUGAACAGGCUCCUCAGGACCACGGAACUACAGGGAAAGAAACUUGAGACUCUCUAUCACCUCAAGGUGAUUGGUCUGUUAGAGCAGUUUGAAUUGAGAGAGCUUGUAAUCUCUCUGGCUAAAACAGCCCUCAGCGCCGCUGACAUAGAUGACCCAAAUUUGCCGACUCUUUGGGUGAAAAUCUUCAAGUACCAUCUAGAGCUGUGUCACAACGAUGAGGCCUACUCAGCUAUGACCUCUAACCCCGACCCUGAAAGACGGAGGGACUGUUUACGUCAGUUUGUAGUGGUGUUAUGUGAACAGAAACAGAUGAAACAGCUCUGUCAAUAUCCCUACAUAGAUCUUCAUGAUGAGAUUGUGAGCAUCAUAGAGUCAAGAGCUAGGUCUGUGGAUCUACUGACCAUCAACUACUAUGAUCUACUCUUUGCUUUUCAUACCAUCAGAGGAAACUAUCGACAGGCUGGCAGCGUGAUGUACGAGCAAGCGACCCGGCUCGCUCAAGAGGUCAUCGGUGCGGACAGUCUGAACAGACAAGCGUGCUGCUACCUCGCCGCCAUGAACUCACUCAGAUUACUGCAUCCGGACAAUGCUUGGAUUAUCAAGCCUGCAGUCAGCGAAAUGGAGGGCGUUAAAACUGAAGACAUGAAUGGAGCAUCGCCCAAGAGAGACUAUGAAGGCACCCCUCUCGAUGAACCAGUUCCGAGGCGCCGAGUUGACGUUCUGGAGCUAGGGGACUUGGAGAAAGAGUAUCAGUUGACGUCCGCAAGGCUCAAACUAGCCAAUCACCAGCCUGAUAUGGUUCAUGUGACAACAUCUCGGAUGUCGGUUGAUGAAACAGUGAGUUUCUUGGUUCAGAGUGGCCUAUAUGACACAGCUAUCGAUGUCUGCAGGACAUUCAGAUUGCCUCUUACUCCCGUGUUCGAGAACCUGGCUCAUAGAUGUGUGAAACUAUCCCGUAAUGGGGCUGACAGCGAGACCUGGAAGUGGCUGGCCGCUAAUGACAUCGGCUCCCUCAACCUGGGCCGAGAAGCUACAGCUGCUGAGUUAGCCUGGCACCUUCUUCAGACGUAUCUAGAGAGGUACGACCAGAAGGGAGAUCAUCUGCACUUCAAGACAGUGAUCAAGAAACUACUUUCUCUAGGCUUCCAGCUACCACAGUGGAUCAUCAACUCAUACAAGAAACUUGACCCUGGCAACCUGUUGCUGCUCUACAUAACCUUUGACCUUUUGGAAGAAGCUGCCAAUUUAGGCAUCGAGUUCAUUGAUGCGAUCCUCGGCAAAGGAGUGGAGUACUUUGGCCUCAAGAACCCGAUCCGCCCCACGUCUCCCAGUGUAUGGCUUCCCUACCAGCAGCUAGACCAUCUCCUCAAGGCCCUGAAGGAGACCAGGAACGAUCCAGAACUCAUACGGCUUCACAAUCUCCUGAAUGGCAGGCUGGAGGAAUAUCAGCACUACGCUGGACAGAUCUCGAAAGAAAUGAUCGCCAUCGCUCACAGAAAACAGCAGAUAUCACGCUAAACAAUCCUUAUUUUGAUGGUUUAAAAGUUUAUGGACAUGGGUAUCGACAGAAAUGAUCGCCAUCGCUCACAGAAAACAGCAGAUAUCACGCUAAAAAAUCCUUAUUUUGAUGGUUUA